AUGGUUCAACUUACUUCCGCCCUCGCCAUCGGCCUUAUCGGUCUGACGGCUGUUGUCUCUGCUCAUCCCGGCCAUGAUGUUCAUGCUGAGGCCGCCGAGCGUGCUUCUUUCCUGAAGAACGCCAAGGUUCACCAGCGCAGUCUCGCGCAGUGUGCCUCCAAGCUCAAGGCCCGUGGCCACGAGAACGCCAACGUCGUUCGCCGUGCCAACCGUGUCAAGGCUAUCCGCCAGAAGCGUGGUCUGCAGCACAAUGCCCACUUCCACAAGGCCCGCUCUUUCAACAGCGUCCUGAACACCGACCACAACUCUACUCUUGUUGGUGUCAGCGCUUCCACCGACCCCGCCGUCCUGUUCGGAUCCGAGGCUACCUGCAUCCUCGGCCCCGAUGUCACUGCGGGCCCUUACUACGUCACCGGCGAGCUCAUCCGUGAGAACAUUGUCGAGGACCAGGAGGGUGUCCCUCUCUUCAUGGACAUCCAGUUGAUCAACACUAACACCUGCGAGCCCAUGCCUGAGAUCUACACCGACCUCUGGCACUGCAACGCCACCGGUGUCUACUCCGGCAUCGUUGCCAGCGGUAACGGUGACUCCUCCGACGAGACCAACAUCGAGAGCACCUGGCUCCGCGGUAUCCAGCCCAGUGAUGAGAACGGUGUCAUCUACAUGGAGUCUAUCUUCCCCGGCCACUACACUGGCCGCGCUAUCCACAUCCACGUUCUCACCCACCCAGUCAAUGAGACAACCGUUAAUGCCAACGGUACCAUCUCCGGCCUGUACAGCUCGUCCUCCUCGCACAUCGGCCAGAUCUUCUUCGACCAGGACCUGAUCACCGACGUGGAGAAGACUGCCCCUUACAACACCAACACUCAGGUGCUGACCACCAACGCCGACGACUGGAUCCUCGCCGAGGAGGCUGACACCAUUGACCCCUUCAUGGAGUACGUCUACCUCGGUGACUCUGUGUCGGACGGUAUCUUUGCCUGGAUCUCCAUGGGUAUAGACCCCACCGAGGACAAGAGCGUUACCCCUGCUGCUUACUACACAGAGGAGGGUGGUGUUGAGAACGAGAACUCUGGCUCCGGUAUGGAUGGCUCUCCCCCUGGCAUGUCUGGUUCUUCUACCACGGCCGCUGCCGGUAGUCGCCGCACCACCUCUUAA